AUGCGCUUAAAUAAAGGGAUGCUUCUGGGCUUUUGUCUUCUCUUACUGGUCGAUUAUUCGUUGGCAUUGUUCAACCAAACAGGCAAGAUCAAUGGAGGCGGGCCAGGUUAGUCGACAUGGAGGUGACGAGUGAUAUGAUAGGGUCAUUGAAUGGCUGGGCUCUUAACUGAUAGAGAUACCAUGUGUAAUACAGUUUUCAUUUUCUAGCUAAUGGUCAUACUCGGAUUCGAUGUUUGGAGGAUACGAUUGGCAUUGAAUUGGAUAACAUAGAUGGAUGGGAUGGGAGAUUAUACGCGAGAAAGAUGGGCGACGAUCCUAAUUGCGUAAAACAUUACUCUGAUGUAAGAUAAUGCCAAAGUUAUCUUAUAAACCUGCUUUCAGCACGAGAAGAAGAUUGUAUUUGACAUCCCAUUCAAUUUUCUUCCCUGUGGCAUCAAAUCCAAGAGGAUGGUGGGUAUACCAUUACUGUAAAUUUUUAAUAUCUACCUACUAUAACAUAAUCUGUCUUCCAUUUAUAGAUCCAUCCUCGAUCCGGCCUAGAAUACACGUUAACAGUCAUUCUAAGUAAAGAUCACAAACAUAUGACAGAAGAUGACCAGAUGUUUACCUUGAGUUGUAGGUAUUACAGUAAUUACAAGGAUGUGGGUACUGUAAUGGAAGUCAGCACUUUUGCCAGAAACUAUUUGAUUGGUGGCCAAAGCGGUCCGAGUUGUGAGUAUUCACUGAGAUAUGGCUCACUGAAUGGCCCACCUGCUCAGGAUGCCAGGAUUGGAGACAAGGUAUAUCACGAAUGGAAGUGCGCCGACUCAAGUUUCGCUUUCAAAGUAUACGAUUGCUUUGUUCACGAUGGUGCAGAGAAAAAGUACAAGCUGAUUGAUGAGGAAGGGUGAGUGGAGGUAGCGGGUAAUUACAAGAAUAGAUGUUCCAAGGACAAGACGAUCAUCCCCGAUCUUACCUAUGACCCCUCUCUGAACUUUGCUUUUGCUGCAAGUAGAGUUUUCAAAUUUGCGGAGUCCACAAAAAUGUUCUUCAAUUGCCUGCUGUACAUGUGUCCUAAGAGUGAUCCAGCUUGUCGACAAGUGGUGGUGAGUGGAUUUAGUCAUAUUUUUUGAAUAUAUAUUGGUUUUUUUGUAUGUGCAAUAUUGUAUUAUUUAUAAUAUUAAAGCCUCCUCGAUGUUCCGGAAGAUCCAAGCGGUUUGUCAACCCAGAUGUUCAGACUUUGUUCACCGUAAAUUCUACCGUCUCGAUACCUCAGAAUGAGGAGAAAUCAUCAGAAGAAAUGGAAUUAUCGGCUAAUCAGGUCAUGGAUAAUAUAAUUCCAAAUGUUGGCUGGAGCCAUCGGCUAUAUCAUCCCAGUCUUCAAACCAAUAUUGUCAUAGUUACGACCACACCAAUACCAGAGUUACCAAAUAUGCUGUCUGAUGAUACAGGUUCCCCGACGAUGUCCAAUGAUAACAUAAAUGAAGAGACUACUUUAAGAAAUGAUGACUUUAAUGUUAUGAAUGAUGGCGAUGCUCAACUUCAUGGAGUAGUAGUCCCCCCAAGCCAUCAGAUAGAGCGAGAUGAGUUGGAUAAUCUUAUUAAACAACAUCAUCAACUUUUUCAUCAUGAUGAUCAUCUACAAGAUCAAGGUCGUCAUGAUGGUCAGGAUGUUCACCAUGAAGAAACUAAUGAUUUGCCGGAAUCUCUUCAGGAAAUUAGCCAUCAAGAAUAUAUAACGCCGGAAGCAAUGACUCAAAUGAUUCCAACAUUAUCUGAAAGUACGAAACCUCCAGUGGAAUAUAAUUUUUAUUUUUAUAGGUACUUCGGCCCCACAGUCGUGUUCCCAUUUGAAGGAACAAUUCAAAAAAGUCCUAAUAGCCCUAGUUUUUGGAAAUAUCGUGUCAUUGACGGUCUCCGUUCUGUUACUGGCAAGGUUUUGUGCAAAACGACACAGCGAUAGUAUGAGUGUACAGUUUAGGGGGUAUGGAGUGUAAGAAAUAAAGUAUUCUUGUUGUUUGUACAUUAAUAGUAAAUAAAUAGUUAUUAUUUUCGUUUACUUUUAUCCUGACAUGAAUUUUUACCUUGAUGAUAUCAGAUACCAAGUGUUAUAUAACGUAGAUGUCUUUGUUCUGUGAAAUGGAAAGAAUAGGCCUUCAAGGAGUGGAUUGUUUGUGAAGAAGAGGAGGAAAUGACUCAGAGCAUAUUUUAUAAAAUAUUCCUUUCCGAGGUGAUAAUAAAAAUGGGAGAAAUGGGAAUUCCGAAGGCUUUAUCGCCAAAGACAAAGUUGGAAAAAGAUCUUUAUUUAUUUGGAGACAAUACUAGUCAAGUGAUAAGACUGUACAGGAGAAGAUGGCUCAAGAUAAGGUGGUCUGUGUGGUAAAACACUCGACAAUGGAUGUGAAUAUGGAGAAGCAGGCAGUUCUGGUGUCGGUGGAGGCUUUGAGCAAGUUCUCCGUGGAGAGGAAUGCCGCCAAAUUCAUCAAAGAUGUAAGUGGGAAUCAGGUUCUGUAUUAAUUUGUUUUGCAAUGUUCAAAUUUCACAAUUGCUUUCAUUCCCUUCUGGGAUGAUUAAAUUUGCUGCUCUAUGCAUGCAAUUUUCAAAAAAAAUGGCGCAGUCAAUUUAUGUCGCAAUUUGACAGAUGCAAAUCGCGACAAAAUGAAGUUGUCGCGCAAUUUUGAAAAAAGAAUUAUGUCAAAGACUCUACGAAAUAUUUCCUCCAAAAGUCACAUUAUCCCACCUUUCCCUAUUCCAACAUUCUCCAUUUUUUUAGGAAUUUGACGAUCGUUUCGGACAGCAAUGGCAUUGUGUGGUGGGAAAACAGUUCGGCUGCUACGUCUCACAUUACAAGAAUGACUUUAUUUACUUUUACGUGAAUGCAGUAGCAAUUCUUUUAUAUCGGACUGGUAAUAAAUGA